UGAUACUUUUCUUAGCAAACAAAAAAACAAUCAGAACAAUGAGUGAUAUUAAAAAAACCAGUGUAACUAUACAUGACAGUAUAACAUCAUUGAUGAAUUUUAUGAACGAUUUACAAAUAUAUGUUGAUGAUUAUCGUAAUGACAUAAAAAAAGAUUACAAGAAAUAUUUAUCAAAAUUACCUAAAGACAUGUCAGAGUCAUUACACGAUCAAUAUGAACGCAUCGACAUGCUCUACAACAAAUUUAACAAACUACUGAACAAAUUUUCUGUAGCUAUCGCUGAGGACUACACGGACAUACUGACAGUGGGUACGGAAAUAAAUGGAUUGAGGCAAAAGUAUCAAGUGAUGGUUGCCGAAUUAAAUAAUUUUAUUACUAGUCAGUACAAGGAUGGAAAUUAUUCAAAAAAUGUCAAAAAUAAGAUCAAGGAGUUCGAAAAAGUUGUUAGGAAACACAACAAAUUAGUUGUGACUUACAACAAUCAGAUUGAGAGACUGAACACAUUUAAUGAGCAUUUGAAAAUGAAUGUGAUUAUGUAUACGUCUAAUCAUAAACGAAAGUAUGUGAUUCCGGUUGACGAUUAUGCUGAAGAAUUUGAAAGUUUGAUUGGUGACGAUACUUAUAAAGCAAGGGGUCAAGUAAUAUCGCGGUAUCUUAAGGAAAUGGUCGGAAAAUUGAAUAAUGCAAGUCCUGGAUUCCCACUGAUACCGAUUGCCAAAUUAGAAAAAAUAGAUUUCCAUGAUAAUAUAAAAGCUGAGGACAUGAAGAUUGAGAGUGAUUAUGAUUUAGAAUAUUUGAAGGGUAAGGAUGUCGGUACAGAAUGGAAUCAAAGGCCGAAAGAUUUCAAGGGUAAGGAAGUAGGUACAGAAUGGAAUGAAAACCCGAAAGAUUUCAAGGGUAUGGAAAUUGAUAGAAGAUGGAAUGAAAACCCGAAAGAUUUCAAGGGUAAGGAAAUGGAUAGAGGAUGGAAUAAAAGGCCGAAAGUUUUCAAGGGUAAGAAAAUGGGUAAAGAAUGGAAUGAAAGGCUGAAGGUUUUCAAGGGUAAGGAAGUGGGUACAGAAUGGAAUGAAAGCCUGAAAGAUUUCCAGGGUAGGGAAAUGGAUAAAGGAUGGGAUGAAAGGCCGAAAGAUUUCAAGGAUAAGGAAAUGGGUAAAGAAUGGAAUGAAAGCCCGAAAGAUUUCAAGGAUAAGGAGAUGGGUAAAGAAUGGAAUGAGGAUAGAAAGGAUAAAAAUCCAAAAUCAAAUGAAAAUGAAGAAAUAGAUCGUAGCACUGAAAUGGUAUCAAUUAAAACCGAGCCUGAAGAAACGAUGGAUAUUAAGAUAGAAGCAGAUGAAUUACAUAAUUUUGUUCGUAGAACUAAAGCUCCUGAAGAUUUAACGGAUUAUUAUAACAUAAGGGAUAGAAUGUGGGAUAUUCCGCCUGUAGGUGAACUUUCUGCAGAAGAAGUUAACAAUAUUUUGGAAGAAGAAGACAGAAGAAAACAACUUGCUUCGGAUAAUAAGCCUUUUGAAAAAACAGAAAAUGAUUAUUAUAAGGAGGAAAAUAAAGAUUUGAGAAAAAUUACUGAACAAAAUACAAACUUGUUGCCUAAAAAUGAACCGUAUUCAGAUGAUCAAAGUUUAUCAUCAAUGGAUUCGUUAAACGAACAAAAUUUUGAGGAAAAUGAAGACGUCAUUACAAAUCAAUUCGAAAGUGGACGUAGUGUUGAACCGGCAGAUGAUACGUCGGGAGGAAUUGGUCCAAAUAGUAGUGAGGGGAUGAUAAAAAAACCUGUUCAGUUGAGAAAACCGAAACCAGAAGUUCAACUAACAAGACCUUUAAAAAUGCGACGAAUAGACAGCUUUGAUUAUGGAGAAAAUGAAAUUCUCAGUCAAGCAGAACUAGAACAAUAUUUAUCAGGAUCAUUUGAAAAUGAUAAUCAAUUUAAAGAAGCAGAGUCAAGGCCGGAUCAAAAGAUUAAAAGUCUACAAGAAGAAAUGAAUGAUGCAGAGCAAUAUUCAAAUAUUAAAGUCGAACAAACUGAACCAAGUUCAAUGCCAAAAGUAUUAGAAUCUAAAGAUUCAUUUACGAAAUUGCCUAUAAAUAGACGGCAUCCAGCAGAUGAUCAAAGUUCAUCAUCAAUGGAUUCGCGAAACGAAAAAUAUUUUGAAAGUGAUCCGGUUGUUAAGACUGAAUUCCCUGAAGACUCAGAAAGCGCUCCACCAGGUGACGAAACUGAAAAAAUAUCACGAGAAUCCCUACGUGAAAUUACUGGAGAGAUUCUGAAGGAAAUAGAAAACCGUAGAAAUUUUGAGGAAACUGAAAAUGUCAUUGCAAAUAAAUCUGAAGAAGGAUUUGGUGUUGAAAAGGCAGACGAUAUGCCGGAAGCGAUUCCAGCUGGUACUGGCAGCUUGAGCAAAAAGCCAGUUCAGUUGAGAAAAGAGAAGCCAAAAGAAGAAUUAAUACCACGACUCAAAAAGCAACGAACAGACCGUCAUAAUUAUGAAGAAGAAUCAUUUGAAAAUGAUAAUCAAUCUUCAGGAACAAGUGAUUCUGUAAUUGAACCUUCAGUUUUAGUACCCAAUAACCAAGAAGAAGAAGAAGAAGUAGAAGAUACAGAAGUGAGUGAUCAAGAAGAUGAAGAUGAAAACGUAGAAAUGACAGAAUUCAAUUCCAGACUCCGAAUUCCGUCAAAUAAAAUGAGGAAAUCUAAGACUAUUGAUGUGAAGAAAUAUAUAGAUUUACUUAAAUCAUCUAAACGAAAACCUGAACUAAAAUCUAAAAUAAUCGCCUCAAUUUUAGAAGAAAACAAACCCGAAUACUCUUAUAAAAUAAAAACACAAUAUGCUGAUGGAAGUAAUGGGACAUCACAAUUACCAACUUCUGAUCUUUCUGACGACAGUCAACGAGCUACUGAAAAAUUACCUCCGCAAACAGAGGAUGCAUCAUCUGGAAUUUCCGAAGCAACUUACACCUGGUCUUCAAUUUCUGGAGACAGUCAACAAGUAACUGAAGAUUUAUCUGUGCAAAGAGAUGAUGCACCAUCUGAAAUUUCCGAUAAAACUUUCAGCUCAUUUUCAAUUUCUGAAGACAGUCCACAAGUUACUGAAAAAUUAUCCGAGCAAACAGAGGAAGCGCCAUCUGAAACUUCCGAGGCAACUUAUAGUCCGUCUUCAAUUUCUGACGACAGUCAACUAGUUACUGAAAAAGUACCUGCGCAAACAGAGGAAGCACCAUCUGAAAUUUCCAAUGAAACUUAUCGCUUGUCUUCAAUUUCUGACGACAGUCAACAAGUUACUGAAAAAGUACCUGCGCAAACAGAGGAAGCUCCAUCUGAAAUUUCCAAUGAAACUUAUAGCUUGUCUUCAAUUUCUAACGACAGUCAACUCAUUACUGAAAAAUUACCUGCGCAAACAGAGGAAGCUCCAUCUGAAAUUUCCAAUGCAACUUAUAGUCCGUCUUCACUUUCUAACGACAGUCAACUCAUUACUGAAAAAUUACCUGCGCAAACAGAGGAAGCUCCAUCUGAAAUUUCCAAUGCAACUUAUAGCUUGUCUUCUAUUUCUGAUGACAGUCAACAAGUUACUGAAAAAGUACCUGCGCAAACAGAACAAGCACCAUCUGAAAUUUCCAAUGAAACUUAUAGCUUGUCUUCGAUUUCUGGAGACAGUCAACGAGUUACUGAAGAUUUUGUUGAUCAAACGGGAGAAAAUCGCCCAAGUUCUGUUGCAACUGAUGAUUCUGCUACAGGUUCAGUAGACCCAGAAGUUCCAGAUCAAGUUCCCCAAAACACACUAGGUUCUGAAAUCUCUAAAUCUAAGAUUCUUUUAGACGAUAGCUCGUCACUCUCGAACGAGAGCUCUUCACUGAAACAAAGAUUACGGCGUAAAAGGCUUUCUGAACCAACAUCGAUAAUUCGUAAGAAGCUACACGGCAAGAAAAGUAAAAGUCUUCAACAAAGUCAGAAACCAGUGAGCGAAAAUCAAACCCUCAAUAGAAAAAGAGUAUCCAAAAGAUCUCUAAAUACUGAAGAAGUAGAUACAAUUGAACCCAAGGAAUCAAAGCAGGAAAAAAGGAAACACCUUCUAGAAGAAUCUGAAAAAAGUAGUGAUUCUACUGAAGAAAUAGAACCGCAAUUGAAAAAGAAGCCUGAGCAAGACAAUGGUUCAACAGUGACUGAGACCAGCGAAUCGUCACUCUCGAACGAUAGCUCUACACCGAAACGAAUAUUACGACGUAAAAGGUCUUUUGAACCAAUAUCGAUAAUUCGUAAGAAGCUACAUGGCAAAAAAAGUAAAACUCUUAACCAAAAUCAGAAACCAGAAAGUGAGAUCAGCGAAUCGUCAAAACUAUCUGACCAAGAUUACAGUGAAUCAGAUGACGUAAAAAUGAAGCCUGCAGUUGAAGAUAUUUCGAAUGAGAUAAGAAGACGGUGUAAAUUUAUUACAAGAUCCGCAAAAAAAGAUCCGUCUAUUGAUAGUGAUCCAAAAUUUAAAUCGCGGUACCGCCAAUUCUUGAGAAGUGCUAAAAAUGUUAAACCGGAAGUGGAAGAUAUUAAUGAAGAAGUAGCAAAACCAGACGAAACUAAAAAAGAUCAUAUAUCAAAAUUGAAACAACCGAAGCGGUACAGAACAAGAAGUUACACGAUGUACAAAAGACAACAAAAUUGAUUACUUUUGAUUAUUAUUGAGCUAUUGAGAAUUUUUUUUAAAAAAACACUAUAUA